CUUGAAUGGACUCGUCCAAAUUCUUCAACAAUGUCAUAAAUAUACGAUGAUUAUAUCAGUAUAUAAGUUGUGAAUUGUCCAGGACAGAAAUAGAAUGGGUAAACGUAAAAGAAUUUCCAAAGAUGGAAUAAACAAUACGGAAUUAAUCAUACCACUUAAUUUACCAUCAGCCGAUGUUGUUACUGAUCACGACUUGCCACAACCACCUGACAGAGCUGCAUGGGACUCCAAAUUGCAGUAUUUCUUUAUGGUGAUAUCAUAUGCGGUUGGAUUAGGAAAUGUUUGGAGAUUUCCGUAUUUGACACAGCAGCAUGGUGGGGGUGCCUUUCUCAUUCCUUACUUCGUCAUGUUAUUUGUGGAGGGAAUGCCCUUGCUAUAUUUAGAACUUGCGAUUGGGCAGAAGAUGCGAACCGGAAGUAUGGGCGUGUGGAACCGGAUUCACCCUUUAAUGGGGGGUGUCGGUGUGGCUAGUUGUGUAACAUCAUUUACGGUGGCCUUGUAUUAUAAUGCUAUCAUCAUGUGGUGUUUUUACUACCUUUUCCAUUCCUUCCAAAGUCCGUUACCAUGGGCAACGUGUCCCAUGACAACAAUAGCGCCAAAUCACACGAUUCCAGUACCUGAGUGCGAUAUUGCUGGACCUACGUCAUAUUUCUGGUACCGUAAGGCGUUAGUGAUUUCACCGGGUAUUGAUGAAAUUGGUGGUAUCAACUGGAAGAUGUUGCUAUGUCUGGUAUUUGCCUGGUUGGUCGUAUUUGGGUGUAUAUGUAGAGGUAUCAAGAGCUCUGGAAAGGUUGUCUACUUCACUGCUACCUUUCCAUAUAUUGUACUAACCAUAUUUUUCAUCAGAGGAAUCACAUUAAAGGGAGCCACAGAUGGUUUAGUUCACAUGUUUACGCCAAAGUUAGAAAAAUUAUAUGAUCCACAAUGCUGGUUAGAUGCUGCUACACAAAUCUUCUAUUCUUUUGGUCUGGCAUUUGGUGGUUUGAUUGCCUUUUCAAGUUAUAAUCCGUCCAACAACAAUUUUCAAAGAGACGCCAUAUUGGUUUCUUUGUGUAAUUGGUUUACCGCCAUUUAUGCCUGUGCUGUCAUCUUUGCUAUUCUUGGAUUUAAGGCAACUUUGAUGUUUGAAAACUGUUUAGAUCAUAAUAUAGAUGUAUUAUUAGAUGUUUAUACAUCUUAUAAUAAAACCACAUUAUCUCACAACGUGUAUUUAGAACAAUUCUCUAAUAAUUUAUCUUCUAUAAGUAAUUCUACUGGAAAAGUUUUUAGACAUUGUAAUCUUCAAGAUGAUCUUGAUAAGGGCGCCGAGGGAACCGGUUUAGCGUUCAUCAUCUUUACACAAGCAAUAAAUGAAUUUGGACCAUCUGCGCCGUUCUGGUCGUUUGUGUUCUUCCUAAUGUUACUAUCUCUUGGUUUAGGGAGUGAGUUUGGUACAAUAGAGGGUGUUGCUACAUCACUAUAUGAUCUCCAGUUGUUUCCAUGGAUGAAAAGAAGGUGGCUCGUAUCAGCUGUUUUAUGUGGAUUAAGUUGUUUUGUGGGAAUUCUAUUUGUGUUAGGAUCUGGGGCCUAUUGGGUGGCGCUAUUCGAUGCAUUUGCUGGAUCCUUUCCGCUUAUCCUAAUUGCUUUAGCUGAAACAAUUGGUAUCACUUAUGUUUAUGGUUUAGACAAGUUUGCACAUGACGUAGAAAUGAUGAUAGGGUUCCGACCAAACUUUUACUGGAGAAUAGUAUGGAGGGUGAUUUCUCCUUUACUUAUGGCGUGUUUAUUAAUAGCAACUUUAUUUAGUAAAUUCAGUAAACCAAUAGUAUAUUUCGCCUAUAAUAAAAUAAAUGCUGAGCUGGAACCCAAAUUGUAUCCAUGGUAUGCUGGAGUAAUGUGUGCUGUUCUAGUAUUAUUUUCUAUAAUGUGGAUGCCUGGAAUCGCUUUACUCAAGAAGUUUGGUAUUAUUUCUUAUGACCAGGCAAAGGCCUCAGCUGCAAAUACUGGUGGCCAUACAAGUUCUACAACAGCGUUUGUGCGUUCUGGUAUUACUAUUAAUGAAGAAAAUGAUUCUGGACAUAAUUCUGAUGCUGAUGAAGUGCCUUUUAUAGAUGAAACUAUAACACUGCCAAUUGACCCCAAAAACUUUUUUAUUGGUGAUGAACAGGAUUCAGAAUCAAUAGUUUAAACACAUCUUUUAUUAUUUGAACAUCACACAAUUAUAUAGUGCUUUAAGUGACAUAAUUAAAAAGAUAUGAUAAUAAAAUUUAUAAAAUACCGAUUUGUAAACCUUUACAUCUUAAUUUAUCACACAUCACCUGUUAGAUCAAAUCAAAUUUGUCACUGCCGACGACCACCAAAAAUAAUAACAAUCUUGAUAAGAAUAUGAUAUAUUUAAUACAUUAACAAUAAUACACAACACUAGAAUAACUACCAGUUUGCAAAAACGCAAUUUGGGUUACAUUAAGUGCUCAAGAAAAAAUAUGAUUUGUAUGUCAAUGGAAUGCUGGAAUUGUGUGAAUUUAGUUCCAUGUUAUUUGACAUAAUCUGUCAUUGGUUAUUGCACG